AUGGCGUACUCGCCAGCCGUCAAAGACGAAGACUCGGUGCCGAAUGAUUCUCCAGAAGGUUCCUCCGGAGCGGGAUCUAAAAAACGGCGCCCGCACACAAAGUCGCGAAAUGGCUGCAUAACAUGCAAGCGGCGCCGGGUGAAGUGCGAUGAACUCCACCCCAAGUGCCGCAAUUGUAUUCAUUUGCGACUGGAAUGUCGGUAUGUAGAAUCGCGGUGCGUACUUAAAUACGGGCUGCAAAUGACUGAUCUCCAACUUUUGCAUCACUUUGUGAUAACCGUCGCGGAGACCAUAGCCACGGCGGGCAUUUUUACACGGGACAUUUGGGCAAUCGACGUGCCCCAGCUUGGUGUGCGCUUUCCCUUCCUUAUGCACUCGGUCCUAAUGUUUUCGGCCACCCACCUGCGGACGUUGGAGGAUUCCAAAACUUGGGAGAAUGCCGUGGUCACCCAUAGAAGCGAAAGUUUGCGUCUAAUUCGUGAGGAGGUUCAGAACGUGAACCCCGAAAACCUCGACGCGUUAGUGGCAGCGUCGGUGCUCAUGAUUCUUGAUGCCAUGGCCAACGCCUCGCUGCCCACGGAAAUGAGCCUGUGCAGUUUACCGGCGGCGACUUGGUUGCAUCAUGUUCGUGGUGCAGCAAUUAUCCUUCUUGCUGUGGGUGUGCUGCCGCCUACGUCCAAGUUUUACUCGUACAUGGGCAUUGAUUUAUUGGACUUGGCCAACACCCAACUGUCCCUGCCGGUUGAUCUCGAGUCUGACCUGCGCUGUUGCCACCCAUUGCUCGAAGACCUAUACCCCGUGUCGACGUCCUCUCCAUACUUCCCGUCGCUAGCAUACCUGGACAAGCUGCUUAACCAGAAACACAAGUCUGACUACAUCCUGCGGGUAUUCUCGUUCCCGGCGCUCAUGGAUGGCACCAUUGUGAAAAUGCUAGCCGACGGAGACGAGUGGGCACAAAAAAUCGUCGGUGCUUACUACCAGAUCGUCAGAGAGUACUGCACAUCCAAUAAAGAGAAAAUCUGGUUCCUCCAGGGCGUCUCAAAGGUCCUGCCCAUAGACGAAGACCACCAGUUUGGAGGGCUAGGGUUCGUUACGGACGCACUGCCGGUCAGUCAAACGGUUGAAAGCAUUCUUGCAAGAUUUGACGCAAGUUUUUCUGCCGCAAACAACGAGGCCGAGGCCAUCAUGGCCGCCAUGAUCAAUUUCGACGCUCAGCCGCCCCACGGCGAAGUCCCGGACUCGCUAAUGCAGAAGUUAGGGAUCUUGGACCCUGACGCAUCCGAUCCGGACCAGAAAAGCCAGUUUAACCCCGAGCAAACUCAGGAAAUGGGUGGGAAUUUUUACUAG